AUGCCACCGAAACCUCCAACUAAAAACUACCAGAUCGCGCAACUUCGUACCCAGCUUGAGGAAGAGCAGAGGUCAAAUGCUACUCUCAUCCAGAUCGUCGAUACGCAGCAAGCUACUAUUGAUAGGACUCUCCUUCAGUUGAAGGUUGCGGAAGAAAGUUUGAUCCAAACGCGCUCUACUUCACCCUUCUUAAGAAAACUUCCGGUCGAAAUUCGUCUCAGGAUCUAUGAAUUACUUCUGGUUAAUCCAAAGCUGAGUGAAACUGAAUCUAUCGGCAAGAGGGUCAAUAAUGGAAAAGAUGCAAAGUUCGAACUCACCCCAGCAAUCUUAUGUACCUGCAAAGCCAUUCAAAGCGAAGCGGAACCUGUUCUUUAUGGCUCAAACACUUUUGUCAUAGAAUGCAUUGGUGGUUAUGGUCCAUUGGAUUGUCUUCACUUUCCACAAUCCCCACUUACGAGAUAUGUUGGCCCUGAUUACGAGGACUUCGAUGACAGUGAUGGGGAAGAUGAGAUAGGACGUUCCAUAGAGGGAAUUCCGGGGUCGGAAAUUCAUUUUGAUUUCACCAGAUUCAAAGCCAUGCAAAAUGUUAAGCACUGGAGAAUAAUUACCGCUGCAUACAAGCCAACGCCGUCAAAUCCGGCACCCGCAAAGUCUUUUGUUCACUUCUGUCAGGAACUAUGCCAACAGGCCCCAACACAACCACGAAGAACACUCGAAAUCGUCCUUGCACUUGCCAAAAUCCCUGCUAUCCAAAAUAACCCAAAGACCGAAGAGGCCCAAUAUCAAUUUUCCGAAAAACAGUUGAAGUUAUUGCUGCAACCAUUGAGUCUCUUAAGAGAUAUAAAAUUAUCCUUGAACAUCGCACAAUUCACGACCGACCUGCCAGUAUCAACGCAAUUAUGUGGCACCAGUCUUGAUUAUUACUUUCCUUACAGCGAAGCCCAAACAGUUGAGGUUAAUCUUGAAAGAUUUAUGAACCUAGCGCCGCCCACUGUUCAGAAAUACUAUGCUCUAGUGGAAGAUCUCUCACCCAUCGAAAAAGUAUUCAAAAUGCACAAACGACUCGAGCAAUAUGCAAUUGCAUUCGAGAGGUCCGGGGAGUUUAGUAGAGAUUUGUGUACUUUGCAGAGAGGUUAUGAAGGAGAUGUGAGAGAAGUUCGUCAUUAUGGUUGGCAACUUCCGAAACCUUCUAUUGGCAACCCAUUUAAAGGCCUCCCGCUUCAUGCAUAUCAUCCAGUAGAGCUCGCCUUUUCUAGAGCAAUCGUAGCCAAAGAUAAGGAAGCUGUCGCUGAGUUCAAAGCUGCCAGAGCUUCCGUAUUGAGGGAACUACAACCUCAGUAUAGACGAAUGAUUGAUGCUUCCAAACAACUGAGAGCUUUUGUCGAGAUGGAGAGAGGGGCAGGAGUAUUUCACAAAUGUGAUGGUUGUGGUGUGUUUCAUCAAUACGAAGAAGAUCCAUAUGACGGUAGCCUUGGAGCCGACUUGGAUCGUUACAUUUAUGAACUGGACAAAAUCGCCCUUUUGUUACAUCGAACGAUGCCAGAUCAUCUUCAGGUUCAAGUGAAGAAAGGGACCACUAUGUAUGAUGAUGCAUACUAUAAUUCUGAGAGGGAGAUGCUCUUUCGAAAAUUACGAUGGAUGCAAAAGCAAGAUUUUCCUGUCAAGGACCCCUCUAAAAUUGCGAGAUGGGCAAAACGACUCGUAGAACAAAUGUGGGCUGAGUGUGGGAGAGCCAGUCUGUAUAGGGAGAACCUUUUCAAGGAAGAUACCACAGACAUUGGAUGCAAGAUCAAUAAAAAGUUAGGGGCGGGGUUGAUGGAUGAAGAGCUUGAGUGGAUUAUGGAUGAGCCUGAUAGUGAUGGUGAAUUCUAUCAUGCACAUCGUCUAAUGGGAGAUUGA